AUGGACGAUUUAAUCCCUCUUUUUGUUAAAAUCGGAUUAUCCGAGCAAAAAGCCAAAGACACAGCCAAAAACAAGAAAUUAGCACCUACACUUGAGACAGUCAUCAACGAAGCCAAUGUGCGCGAUGGUUGCGACAAGGAUGUUGGUAUUCUCUUGUACACGCUCGCCACAGCUGCUGCUAAAGCCCCUGUUGAGCAUCUCCCUUUCAUCACCAAGAAGAUUAUGAAUGGUGAUCUCAAGACAACAGACCAAAUUACGGCUGCUAUCAAGUUUUCCGAGAGUGGAUUCAAGGAAGAGGAUUUCGAUGCUGCUACUGGCGUUGGUGUAGUUGUUACUCCUGAGCAAAUCACUCAAGCUAUUGCCGAAUACAUUACUGCCAACAAGGACAACAUUGUUGCCAAUCGUUACAAGACAUUGGGCCCUACUUUGGCCAACACCAGAAAGAUCGAGGCACUUCGUUGGGCUGAUGGUGGUAAGGUAAAAAACGAGGUCGAGGCUCAAUAUCUUGCCUUGUUGGGUCCCAAGGAUGAGCGUGAUACCCCUCAAAAGAAGAAGAAGGAGCCCAAGGCUGCUACUGCUGCUACUGUUGAUUCAAAGAAGGCUGAGCCCGAGAAGAAGGUGGAUCUCACCAAGGUGUUCUUCGAAGGUGAACUUGGUAAAUUGCACAAAGCUGGUGAGAACCCUCAAAUCAAGCCAGAGUUGAUGGAGGAACACUUGAAGACCACUGGUAAAAAGGUUGUCACCCGUUUCCCUCCUGAGCCCAACGGCUAUCUCCAUAUUGGUCAUGCAAAGGCUAUCAAUGUCAACUUUGGUUACGCAAAAGCCCAUAAUGGUAUUACCUAUCUCCGUUACGAUGAUACCAAUCCUGAAGCCGAGGAAGAAAAGUACUUUACCUCCAUCCUUGAAACCGUGAGAUGGCUUGGAUUUGAACCCUUUAAGAUUACUUACUCUAGCGACUAUUUCCAGCAAUUGUUUGAUUUGGCCGUCAAGUUGAUCAAGAAGGGAUUGGCUUAUACCUGCCAAUGUACUGGUGAGGAGAUCAACGCUUGUCGUGGUGGCAAGGAUCACGGUGAGCGUAGAGCAUGUGUCCAUCGCGAUAGGCCCAUUGAAGAGACUCUGGAUCAGUUCAUGAAGAUGAAGGAGGGUCGCUACAAGGAAGGAGAGAUUACCCUCCGUAUGAAGAUGGAUUUGACCAAUGGCAACCCUCAAUUCUGGGAUCUGAUUGCCUAUCGUGUCUUGUAUACACCUCAUUUCAGAACGCAUGACCAAUGGUGUGUGUAUCCCACUUACGAUUUCACUCACUGUUUGGUCGAUUCGUUUGAAAACAUCACUCACUCGCUCUGUACCACUGAAUUCAGACAAUCUCGCGAAAGUUACUACUGGUUGGUAGACGCUGUGGAAGUCUACAAGCCUGUUCAAUGGGAAUACGGACGCUUGAAUGUUACUGGCACCAUCAUGUCCAAGCGUAAGAUCCUCAAGAUGGUCAACAACAAGUACGUUAGUGAUUGGGACGACCCAAGACUCUAUACCCUUGUUGGUAUCCGUAGACGUGGUGUUCCUCCUGAGGCUAUCAACAACUUUGUCCUUGAGCUUGGUGUCACUACCAGUCAAUCUACCAUUGAAGUUUCUCGGUUCGAUACCAAAACCCGUGAAUACCUGGACAAGACUACACCUCGUUUGAUGGCUAUUUUGGAUCCCAUCCGUGUUGUAUUGACCAAUGUCCCUGAUGAUUUUGUCGAGGAGGUUGUGGUUCCCAACAAGCCCAGAGACCCUGCUAUGGGCGAACACAAGGUGCCAUUCACCAAGGUAUUGUACAUUGAUAGAUCUGAUUUCCGUGAGGAAGAUGCCAAGGGUUACUACCGUCUUGCCCCUGGCAAAUCUGUCGGUCUCUUGUAUGCCAAGCACCCCAUUCACUGUACCAACUACAAGAAGGACGCCAGUGGUAAGGUUGUUGAGAUUGAGUGUACCUACGAAAACGAAGGUGAGUUCAAGAAACCCAAGACCUACAUUCACUGGGUUGCCGAGUCUCCCAAGCACAAUUCACCUGUCAAGUUGGAUGAGCUUCGUAUCUAUGAGCGCCUCUUUAUGCACGACAACCCCGAGACAGUGGAAGGAGGUUAUCUCAAUGAUAUCAACAGCCACUCUUUGGAGAUUGUGAAGGGAGCUAUUGCUGAAGUUGGCAUGUAUGAUCACAUUGCCGAUUGGGUGAAGAAGACUGGCGGAAAGGACAAGGAAAGCAUGCGCUGGCAAUUCACUCGUACAGGUUACUUCUGUUUGGAUAAGGACACUGAAUUAGAUGCUGAAUUGAUCAAGUCUGGCCAAGUAAAGGAAGGUCUCAAGACUAUUGUUGUAAACCGUACUGUUUCUUUAAAGGAAGAUGCUGAGAAAGAUUAA